AUGGCCUCCAGUUCCAAGUCUAAGCCGCUAACCGAUCACAAAGAAGAAGAUCAAGCAGCGAAAAAAUCAGAGAAAAAGCAGCUGCCAUCGCAAGCGAGAUACAUAGCUUUUCUGGUUCUAGCCAUAAUUGUGGUGAUGAGUCUAGCCAUGGGGAUAAUUUGGGCAGUGGUCAAACCCAAACGUCCAAAGAUUGUUGUUGAAAAUGGUUAUUUUAUAAAUAGCACCAUUUCUCAUGGUAAUACUACUCUCUCUGGCUGGUUACUUUUUGAGGUUAAUUUCUAUAAUCCCAACAAAAAGGCCACCAUUUACUAUGACACCUUGAAUGCUUCUUCAAGUUUUAGUGAUACAACAAAGAACGUUGAGAGUCUAAACGCUGGCUUUAAUACAACUCCUCACGGUUCCUGUGCCAUAAAUUACAGUUACAAAGCUGAUUUCUGGUCCAUGUAUGGUCAUAUGCCAAAGUACCGAAGUCACGGCCAUAUCAUACAAAGUAUUUUGUUCUACGGAAAGAUAAGAUUUCGGUUUGGAAAUUGGAAGUCUCAACCUCGCGCUAUCAAGGUUUACUGUUCCAAUUUGGUGGUGUUCACUCGUCACACUUUUAAACCCACUCUCUGCACGGUUGAUUAUUAA